CAUCCUAUAUAGUUAUCCUACAGCUCUUAAUCUUUUCAGGCUUUAGUAUGGCUAGAAAAGAGCAAGAUUUUCUGUCAACCGAGAUCGUCAACCGUGGGAUCGAGUCAUCGGGUCCUAACGCCGGUUCCUUAACCUUCUCGGUUAGGGUUAGAAGGCGACUCCCGGAUUUUCUUCAGUCUGUUAACUUGAAAUAUGUGAAGUUGGGGUACCAUUAUUUGAUCAACCAUGGGAUAUACUUGGCUACCAUACCUGUCUUGGUACUUGUUUUUAGUGCCGAAGUGGGUAGCCUUAGUAGAGAAGAGCUUUGGAGAAGGCUUUGGGAAGAUGCUCGUUAUGAUCUCGCCACUGUCCUUUCCUUUUUCGCCGUCUUUGUGUUCACUGUAUCGGUUUACUUCAUGUCACGCCCUCGAUCCAUUUAUCUCGUUGAUUUCGCAUGUUACCGUCCCCACGAUGAUCUUAAGGUGACCAAGGAUCAGUUCAUUGAACUUGCAAGAGCGUCAGGCAAGUUUGAUGAGCCGAGCCUUGAAUUCCAGAAGAGGAUACUGAAAACAUCGGGGAUCGGUGACGAGACGUAUGUUCCGAAGGUGAUUAUGUCGAAAGAAAGCUGUGCCACCAUGAAAGAAGGCCGCCUCGAAGCGUCGACUGUGAUGUUCGGUGCACUCGACGAGCUAUUCGAGAAGACGAGGAUUCGACCCAAGGAUGUUGGGGUUCUUGUUGUGAACUGUAGCAUCUUCAAUCCGACGCCGUCGCUCUCGGCGAUGAUCAUCAACCAUUAUAAGAUGAGGGGCAAUAUUUUGAGCUAUAAUCUUGGCGGGAUGGGGUGCAGUGCUGGGAUUAUUGCGGUGGAUUUGGCUCGGGACAUGUUGCAGGCCAACCCGAAUAACUAUGCUGUGGUGGUGAGUACUGAGAUGGUAGGGUACAAUUGGUACCCCGGUAAGGAUCGGUCCAUGCUUGUUCCGAAUUGCUUUUUCAGGAUGGGAUGCUCCGCCGUGCUUUUGUCUAAUCGCCGUCGUGACUACCGCCGUGCUAAGUACAGGCUUGAACACCUUGUGAGAACGCAUAAGGGUGCUGAUGACCGGAGUUUCAGAUCAAUCUACCAAGAGGAAGACGAACAAGGUUUCAAGGGUCUUAAAGUCAGCAGAGAUCUAAUGGAAAUCGGAGGAGACGCCCUGAAAACCAACAUCACGACACUCGGUCCACUCGUUCUCCCCAUCUCCGAGCAACUUUUCUUCUUCGCCACAUUAAUCCGGCGCCAUUUCUCCGGCGUUAACAACAAAUCCAAAACCUCACAAUCGCCAUACAUCCCGGACUACAAGCUCGCGUUCGAACACUUCUGCGUGCACGCAGCGAGCAAAACCGUGCUGGACGAGCUGCAAAAGAACCUCGAGCUCAGCGACAACAACAUGGAAGCCUCGAGGAUGACACUGCACCACUUUGGCAACACGUCGAGCAGCAGCAUAUGGUACGAAUUGGCGUAUUUGGAGGCUACAGAAAGGGUUAAAAGAGGCGACAGGAUCUGGCAGAUCGCGUUCGGUUCUGGGUUUAAAUGCAACAGUGCGGUUUGGCGUUCGAUGCGUCGUGUGAGGAAGCCUUCCGGUCAUAAUCCAUGGCUUGAUUGCAUAGAUAGAUACCCUGGAAGAGCUUGAAAUUUGGUUUAAUGGCUGCUGCUGCUUGCUUCAUAAUAACGGCAUUAGAGCGACAGAAUUGUUGGAAAAUUGGCGUGCCAUGUCGUCCCAUUGUCAUGAAAAGUUUCUUCAUCAACUUAAUUGUAUGAAAAGAAAAAAAGUUUGUUAAUUGGGUAAAAUGCACUUCAGGUCACUCAA